UAACCCGGCCCAUGCCCACAGCGGGGCCGCCGCUGCCCCCUGUCCGGCCGCCGGGUCCUUGCCCUCCGCCGAUAUGAAUUACUCUAGGUUCAUCACCACUGUGAGUGCAGCAAGAAAAGCAUCUCCAAUAAGACUGCUGACUGAAUUGAUGCAGAAGUCUCCUCCAUCUCUUAUCUCUCUGGCUGGAGGGGCACCAAAUCCUAAUGUCUUUCCAUUUAAGAGGGCAACAGUUGACAUUGGACAUGGAACACCUAUUGAGAUUGGGGAAGAUCUGAUGAAGAGAGCUCUCCAGUACUCAGCCUCAGCAGGCAUUCCAGAGCUGUUGUCUUGGCUGAAAGAUUUCCAGCGGAACUUACAUGAUCCCCCCACAGCCAAUUACAGCCCUGAGCAAGGAAAGAUGGAAGUGUGUGUCACAACUGGCAGCCAGGAAGGCUUGUGUAAAGUGUUUGAAAUGCUCAUUAAUCCUGGAGACAACAUCCUUUUGGAUGCACCCACAUACUCGGGGACACUGGCAGCUCUGAGACCCUUGGGUUGUAAUAUAAUUAAUAUUCCUAGUGACCAACACGGCAUUAUUCCAGAAGCUUUAAAAGAAAUUCUGUCUGCUUGGAGCCCAGAGGAUGUAAAAAAUUGUAGCAGUCACCUCCCCAAAUUCCUGUACACUAUUCCAAAUGGAUGCAACCCAACUGGCAACUCGCUGACCGCAGAGCGCAAAAAGGAAAUUUACCAGCUUGCAAGAAAAUAUGAUUUUCUCAUAAUAGAAGAUGAUCCUUACUACUUUCUUCAAUUUGAAAAGCCAUGGGCUCCAACUUUCCUCUCAAUGGAUGUGGAUGGCCGAGUUAUCAGGACCGACUCUUUCUCUAAAAUUCUCUCAUCUGGUUUAAGAAUUGGUUUUCUGACGGGUCCCAAGCCUCUCAUUGACAGAGUUGUUCUACACAUUCAGGUGUCAACAAUGCACACCAGCACUUUCACACAGAUUAUGAUAUCACAGCUCCUUCAGCAAUGGGGACAAAAGGGUUUUUUGGAGCAUAUAGACAGAGUGGUGGACUUCUACAGGAUCCAGCGGGAUGCAAUGCUCACUGCUGCUGACAAGUGGUUAAAAGACUUGGCAGAAUGGUACCCUCCUGCUGCUGGCAUGUUCUUAUGGAUCAAAAUUAAGGGUAUUUCUGAUACACAGCAGCUGAUAAUGGAAAAGGCUUUGAAGAAAGAAGUAUUACUGGUUCCUGGAGGAGCAUUCAAUAUUGAUAGUUCAGAGCCUAGUUCUUAUGUCAGAGCCUCCUUCUCUCUACCUUCUCCUGCCCAGAUGGAUCUGGCCUUCAAGAGACUGGCUGACCUUAUAAAAGAAUCUUUGUGAAAAAGCUAAAUAGAGCUCUUGCAGUAAUAAAAAUCAUCUCCAGAAAAUAGUUAUUAACAUUUGGAUUUCAUCAGAACACUUUAUAAGCAAGCACAAUACAGUGGAUGUUUCCUUACAUCUUUUCAGCUAAAAAAAAGACUGAAAAUGAAAGUGAAAAACAAUUUGCCUAAUUUUUUUUUUUUUUGACUGGACAUUGCAUUACAAAAUGCAUUCAAUUCAGAAACAUUUAAAAUACCCAAAACCAAAAUGUUCUAUUUCCUGUAAAAUCCAUGAGUUUGUUAGAUUUAAAUUGAUUUUUGUUCUGACUUUUGUUUUCCAUUUGAGUUGGGAAACAGAAAUCAUUUACUUAGAAAGUUGGACUUGAGGUGGUCUUAGCCACUAUUACUUCUCACUAUUAAUAUCAACUGAUACAUUCCUCCAAAAUCUUAUGUUGGGAUUGUCUCAUGGGUCACUUCCAUUCUUGUCCUUCUGUAUGGCAUCUGGUUUUAAUGAUUUGAGGAUUACUAUUUAAUUCUACUGAAAUUUUGUCAGGUAAAGCUGAUGUAGCUAUGUUAAAAAAUUAAAACUGAUCCAAUAAAAUGAGGCUAUGAUUACAAAUAAACUGAGGUCCAUUGCAAUUUGCAAGGGUAUUCUCUAACUUGUAAAAGGUAUUCUGAUUGCUGGUUUUUUCCUUCAGUUUGUGAAUAAUUACUCUGUACCUAUAGUAGAAAAUCUCUGGUUUGCCAAGGCAUGUGGAUGUACUAAAGGAACUGCUCCUUGUUAUUCAGUCAGAGGUGGUUGUGAAGGGAGAGUGUAAGUAAGUG